AUGCCUACGUACGUGGACAAGUUCACCAUCUUUGGAACCACUGUUAUUGCCCGGACCUUCGCACCUACAAGAGGUCGGCUCCAGGCUACUCCAUGGGGCUGCGCACCUCCAGCGCGCACCUUGCAGUGCAGACGACCCCAAAAGUGGGCCCUGGAGCAUAUCCCACGCACUGUGCAGAACACCUGCGGAGCAGAUCGAACAGCAAAACAGGCCCUCGUUAUAGCAUGCCCCGUGCAGAACGUUGGCCGAGGCCACGGAGUGCUCCGAAUCUCAGGAAGCCUGCGCCAGCCGGCUGAGAGCAAGCUGGGUGAUGUCUCCGAGUGUAUAUAUGGUGGGCCCAGCCUUGUUGAAACAAGGUUGACCUGCACCUGGACACGGUUACAUUUAGCAUCAUUUAGUUACGCCAAGAGCAUCCCAACUUGA